UUCUUAUUUCUUUCCCGCUUGACAGUUGCCCCCUCCGCAGUCACGCCGUGCUUUAUCUAGGGUUUUAAAUCCUUGACCAAAAGAAAAAAGAAAAAAUGGAGACUUCUCUGAGAUAUGGAGGAGACUCAAAAUCUGUGAGAUUUCACGCCAAGGAGAAGUUCCCUAUUGACAGCAAAACUUAUUUGCAGGUUAAUGGGGAGUUGGAUACAAAUGUUGGAGGUCCUACUUAUUGUAGUGCAAUCAUUAGACAUUUUUACCCUGAGCUAUCAGCAAGCCUUGGAGUAGGUCUGCAGUAUAAUCAACAUGAAAAGCUUAGAUAUACUGUGCGUGGAAAGAAGGCGUUUCCUCUUACAUCCAGUGGGUUACUAAAUUUUGUCGUCAAGGGAAGAUGUGAUGCAGAUAAAGAAUUUAAAGAGAGAAAGGGAAGAGGAGCGGCUGAAUUUACUUUGGCCGUGCUCAAUUUUCAAAAGGACCAAGAUGUAAGAUUCAAAAUAGGCUAUGAGAUGCUUGAAAAGGUGCCAUACUUUCAGAUAAGGGAAAACAACUGGACACUCAAUGCCAACAUUGACGGCAAAUGGAAUAUUCGAUUUGAUCUAUGAAGUGGCAGGACUAGGUUUACUAUAUUUAUCAUCUGUUAGUAGUAUAAUAAUAGAAGCUAAACUUCUUUUACAUUAUUCUUUGUCCGCCUUACCAUGAUGUAGGUUUCCUACUGGAUUUGAUUUGUGGUACAUCUAGUUUUCUAAAAUUUCCUUUUCUACAUUGCA